GUACAGUUUGGUGUACGAGAAAGGCAAAAAGAACAUGAACUCAAAGCUUCACAGCAGGAUCACAAAAACUGUAUGUAAAACUAUUCGUUAUUAAAGUCCCUGAGAAAGAUGGAAAGAUCUUUCUAAUGACGGACGGAUGUAUUGACAGCUUGUGACUUUCGAGACUUAGCAAUUCCAAUAGAAGUAUAGAUUUGUCACAGUUUCCAAAAGAUCGGAUGUUGUUCGCGAGGCAAACGAAUUGACUGGUUCUCGUGGAAAUGGCUAUCCCACUAUCCAAAGAAAAUUUUCAUAACGGAAACUUCCUGGACUGACCGGGAAUCAAAAUCGGCACCCUCAGUAUUGCGUUUACCGUUUCAGCUCUAAGGACCCUAAAAAAUGCCAAUGCUAUUUGUUGUUCAAAUUGAUACCUUUUCCACCUUUCAAUAAACUUGUGUUCAAUAAACAUUACCGUGUUAAUUGUCAUAACAUUGGCUGCUUCAUCCUACUAAUGUAGUUAUAUUGUUUUGUAGUUUUGAUAGUUGAUGCUCUUACGAGAACUUCCUAUUCAAAGGAUGUGAGCCCAUAUGAAAAUAAAAGUUCCAACUACAAGCACAUAGUUUGUAUUCGAAUCAUACUACCUCAUCGCUUGGAAAUGGGAAUAAAUUUGAAUUGCAUAUUUAAUCUGUAACAUUGAUACCGAGCGAGCCAGUACAUUGUAGAUUUCCACAGCGUCAACAUCCAAUAUGAAAACAUCAGCAACGGUGAUUUGCUUUGUGGUCGGCAUUAUGGCUGCAACCAUAGCAAAGAAUCUACCCGGUGACAAUAACCAGAUCGAUAGAUCGACAUCCUCUUCUGAAGAGCUCUCGGAUUUCAAGGAAUACAUCACACAGAUUCAAACCAUGUGCUACGAGAAGACCAACUCCACCGAAACCUUCCAAAAUCUGCUUGUUUCCAUGUACGGAGUUCCACUGUGUAUUCAAGCAACGGUAGAUUUGCCAACCUUGAUGAAUGAUGUUAGCGAUUUGGAUGCUUCCACGCGACAUGAACUGUUUCCAAAAUAUUGUUCGCAGAUUCGCAGUGCACUGGUGUGCCUCGAUCCACCGAAGGAGGAAUUUCGCAAAUGUUUGGACCCAAAUGAUGCUGUGAUAUUGGACAGCGUGGUCAACGCAAUGCCCGAGGCCAUCGAUUUGCUCUGCAAAAAUGACGGGGAGAUUCUGUUUAAGGACGACGCCAAUUACAACGUUUGCAUGGAUAAGUAUUCCAACUACGCGACGGAAUGUGCCGCCUUGGUUUCCAACGAAACGGACCUGAUGGAGGUGUCCAAAUUUGGGCGACCCCAAUGUGACGAGCUGGUCAACGUGCGGAACUGCAUGGAGGGUAAAUUCAACGAAUGCAACGGACCCCAAGUGAUGGAAGUGUUCGACGUUUUCUGGCGAGCGUUCAUUCGGAACACUCCUUGCAAGAAUUUUGUUACGUCAACCAAAAGUGAGAUUGAGGUAUAAACAAAUCAACAAGUGUAUUAGUCUGUCAACAUUGUAUUCCUUUGUGUUGAUAACUUCAAUCUCUGAAAUCAACAGGUACAAACGUACUACAAAUGUAAACACUGAAUGUUGAUUAUUUGUAGCUUUUAGUGUAGUAAAACGGAAAAAUGAAUUCUGAUUGUUUACAAAUAGA